AAGUUGUGAGGAGCAAGGAAGAGGUCAAUUCCAAAAAUUUCCAUUAAUCACUUCAAAAAUUUUGGCAACAACAAAUGUUUUCAACUGAAGGUAAUGUUGAAAAGACCAAAAUAUUCAAUAUCAAAGAGUUGGAAAGGGCAGCUAAUAAUUUCAACAACAAUAGAAUCCUUGGUCAAGGUAGCCAAGGCACUAUUUAUAAAGGAAUGUUGGUUGAUGGAAGCAUUGUUGCAGUUAAAAAGUCCAAAGUACUAGAUAAAGAGAAAGUUAAAGAGUUCAUCAAUGAGGUGGUCAUUCUUACAUGGAUUAACCAUAGAAACAUUGUUAAGGAUAGUUUUGCACAUGAAGGAAUGAAAAGGGUUGCUAACCUUGCAUAUAGAUGCUUGAGCUUAAGUGGUAAAAAGUGGCCAAGAAUGAUAGAAGUUGCCAUGGAGUUGGAGCAGAUUCGUCUUUUGCAAAACAAUUCAAAUGGUCAAAAAAAUCAUGAAGAGCUUAGGUAUGCCAAGUCUAAAGUAACCAAUCACUGCGGCAUUGCUUCAGGAGCUUCUUUGUCAUUACACAUAGAGCCACCACUUUCAAGUGAAUCAUGGGAAUUGCUAGGAAAGCAAGUAAGCUCAAUAACCAUAUGAUAUUAGUAGAGAUAGGCUCCAUUUAGUAUGAUUGUAGUUUUUAGUUUUGGUUUUUAUAAAUUUUGUAACUUUAA